CUUCCGGUUUUUCCGGCGGCUCCGGGGCCCGCGGUGGCCUAGCCCGGGCGGCGAGUAGUCGUGGGCCUGUUGGCUGCGUGGCGCCCGCUGUUCCGGGAUCAGCUCCUGCUGGUCAGCAACACUCGGGGCUGCGGGACGCUGACGGCAGCGGGGGACGGGGUGCGCCAGGCCUGGGAGCCAAGGCUGGCCGAGGACGCCUCCGGGCCGCCACGACCGAUCGACCUGCGCCGCACUGUGUCUAAAGAUCUAUGCCCCUCAAAUUUCUAUGCAUGAUGUCAUGAAAUGUGUGACAGGACCUCAAGGCAAAGAUAUGAUGCAUGAAAACACCAUGAUGACAAAUCAUCUUUCCCCUCCACAUUUAUCCCUUGGAUUCUGGUUGAAGAACAUCGCUUAGAGAAUCCAGCUGAACUCUUAGACACUGUGUGUCAUCUAUACCAGCUCUGGCCACUCAGGCAAGAUGGCUUUAGUCACAGCUUGGGCUCCUUUGGCAUCUCUGCUGCUCCUCCUGCUCCUGGUGCCUGGCGUGCCCAGCCAGUCCAGGAGUCGCUGUCACCCCCAACUCCACCGAAAGUUCCCACUCACAAAGCCUGUCUGUACCCAGCCUGUAUACAAUUGGUGCUCCUCCUGUGACUCUGCCAGGCGUUGCCAGACGAGAACUGAGUGUCUUGCUUUGUGGAGACCUCAGCCAGUCUCCCCUGUCUCUGUGAAACUCUUCUAUGAGGCCCUGUGUCCUUCCAGCCGGUUCUUCACUUCAAUGGUGCUCUUCCCUACCUGGGCUUUGCUGGGUGACGAUGUCAUGAAUAUCACCCUUGUGCCUUUUGGCAAUGCUAAGGAGACCCAAGUGAAUGGGACCUGGGAGUUUACCUGUCAGCAUGGGGAGCUGGAGUGUGAACUCAACAUGGUUCAGACCUGUGUGUUGUACCUCCUUGGGAGAGAGUUUCCUAAUGCCUUUGCUGUGGUCAACUGUAUGAUGUCAGCUGCUAAUCCAAAGAACUCACUGAAGCCCUGUCUGAAGAUCUAUGCCCCUCAAAUUUCUAUGCAUGAUGUCAUGAAAUGUGUGACAGGACCUCAAGGCAAAGAAAUGAUGCAUGAAAACGCCAUGAUGACAAAUCAUCUUUCCCCUCCACAUACAUUUAUCCCUUGGAUUCUGGUUGAAGAAAGUCGCUUAGAGAAUCCAGCUGAACUCUUAGACACUGUGUGUCAUCUAUACCAGGGGGAGGUGCCUGAUGCCUGCAAAAGGAAUACUACUUUCCAUCAGAAGAUGAAUCUUCUUGCAGCAAACCUGCAAUGAUCUUAGGUGCAUUAAUGCAGGCCUGGUACACUACCAGUCAUGUCUAUCAGGAGGCAGUUGGUUGGGCUGAAAGGGGCUAAGUCCCCAAGAGCAGCCGAGACUUUGAUAUAUCUGGGUGCACAGAUCUUUUUGUCUCUCCCUAAUGGGUAAAGAAAUCUCACCCUUUCCAGAGUUUUCUUGAAAUAAAAACCUAUUUUGAGAAACAUGAUUGAAGAGUAAAAAAAAAAAAAACAAGGAGGAUAGAGGGCCUAGAUCCUGCCAAGCACUGACAUUCUAUGUUCCAAGGUUCUAGAUGUGACAUUGUGUUCUAAGGUCCUUCUCAGCCUUGGCAUUCUAUAAGCCAACUUCCCUUUUAGCUUGGACUAUGUCCUACAUUCUCUUCUAGCUGACUUUCUGUUCUCUGUACUUAGUAGUCUCUCCCAGGAAUGACGUUCUUGGCAGCCUUGAUAGUCAAGUUCCACAGUCUCUUCUCAGAAAUACAUCCUUAUCAGUAACAUUGAUAGUUUCCAUUCAUAUGAUACUUUACUCUUUCCAAUUGUUAACCUGAAAGUUUGGUUAAAGGAGAUAAACAGGGCUAGGUGAUAGAAAAAUUCAUAUUAUUUAUUUAUUCCCUUAAGCAUAGUGGACAUGCAUGCAUGGUGUCAGACAAAGGGUCUGACUGCCUGAACAAAGAAAUGAGAAAGCUUAUAUACAUUUUUAGAACAGUCACAAUUCAGCAUGUCUGUAUUCCUUCACUUUUAUCAUCUCCAUGUAUGUUCAACCAUGAUACUAGACAAGGAUUUUCCAAUUUUCCUUAAUGGAAUAGG